AGGCAGGGCGCUGGAAGAGGCGGGGCGCGGGCGGAGGCGGAGGCGGGGCGCGGGCGGAGGCGGGGCGCGGAGAAGUGGCGGAGGUGGAAGCGGAGGCGAGCCCGCCCCUGGGGACGUCGCUGGUGACGGAGGCAAUGGCCGGCAACCAGCUGUAAGCGAGGCACGGAAGACAUAUGCUUGUGAGACAAAGGUGUCUCUGAAACUAUGGAUGGUACAAGAACUUCACUUGACAUUGAAGAGUACUCCGAUACUGAGGUACAGAAAAACCACGUACUAACUCUGGAAGAAUGGCAAGACAAGUGGGUGAACGGCAACACUGCUUUUCAUCAGCAACAAGGACAUCAGCUAUUAAAGAAGCAUUUAGAUACCUUUCUUAAAGGCAAGAGUGGACUGAGGAUAUUUUUUCCUCUUUGCGGAAAAGCGGUUGAGAUGAAAUGGUUUGCAGACCGAGGACACAGUGUAAUUGGUGUGGAAAUCAGUGAACUUGGGAUACGAGAAUUUUUUACAGAGCAGAAUCUUUCUUACUCAGAAGAACCAAUCACUGAAAUUCCUGGAACCAAAGUAUUUAAGAGUUCUUCGGGGAACAUUUCAUUGUACUGUUGCAGUAUUUUUGAUCUUCCCAGGACAAACAUUGGCAAAUUUGACAUGAUUUGGGAUAGAGGAGCAUUAGUUGCCAUUAAUCCAGGUGAUCGCAAAUGCUAUGCAGAUAUAAUGUUAUCCCUCCUUGGAAAGAAGUUUCAAUAUCUCCUGUGUGUUCUUUCUUAUGAUCCAACUAAACAUCCAGGUCCACCAUUUUAUGUUCCACAUGCUGAAAUUGAAAGGUUGUUUGAUGGAGUUUUCGCUCUUGUUGCCUAGGCUAGAGUGCAAUGGUGCAAUCUCAGCUCACUGCAACCUCCAUCUCCCGAGUUCAAGCGAUUCUCCUGCCUCAGCCUCCCAAGUAGCUGGGAUUACAGGCAUGUGCCACCAUACCCGGCUCAUUUUGUAUUUUUAGUAGAGACAGAGUUUCACCAUCUUGGCCAGGCUGGUCAUGAACUCCUGACCUCAAGUGAUCCACCUGCCUCAGCCUCCCAAAGUGUUGGGAUUACAGGUGGGAGCCGCCGCACCCAGCCAAUUUUGAGUGUAUUUUUAAAAGAAUCCCUGAAGUCAUUCUUCAUAGUAUUUUAACGUGUUACUCUUUCUUGUUUCAGGUAAAAUAUGCAAUAUAUGUUGUCUUGAGAAGGUUGAUGCUUUUGAAGAACGACAUAAAAGUUGGGGAAUUGACUAUCUUUUUGAAAAGUUGUAUCUACUUACAGAAAAGUAAAUGAGACAGAUAAAAUAAAAUCACAUUGACAUGUUUUUGAGGAAUUGAAAAUUAUGCUAAAGCCUGAAAAUGUAAUGGAUGAAUUUUUUAAAUUGUUUAUAAAUCAUAUGAUAGAUCUUUACUAAAAAUGGCUUUUUAGUAAAGCCGUUUACUUUUUCUAAAAAAGUUUUAGAAGAAAAAGAUGUAACUAAACUUUUAAAGUAGCUCCUUUGGAGAGGAAAUUAUGAUGUGAAAGAUUAUGCCUGUGUGUCUUGCAGAUUGCAAGAUAUUUUACCAAUCAGUGUGUGUUACCUGUACAAUUAAAAAAAUAUUUUAAAAUGCAAUGCAUAUUAAAUAUAAUACACACAGAAAAACUGGCAUUUAUUUUAUUUUUUUGAGAUGGAGUUUCGUUCUUGUUGCCCAACCUGUAGUGCAAUGGUGCAAUCUCAGCUCACUGCAACCUCUGCCUCCCAGGUUCAAGUGAUUCUCCUGCCUCAGCCUCCUAAGUAGCUGGGAUUACAGGUGUGCGCCACCACGCCCGGCUAAUUUUUUGUAUUUUUAGUAGAGACAGGGUUUCACUAUGUUGGUCAGGCUGAUCUCGAACUCCUGACCUCAGGUGAUCUACCCACCUCGGCCUCCCAAAGUGCUGGGAUUACAGGCGUGAGCCACUGCGCCUGGCCUGACAUUCUUUAUGAAAUUUAGAAUUGUUGAAGAAAUAUAACACUUCAGUAGGGUUCAAGGUGGUCCCAAAAGUUAUAUAAAAGAUUAGUUUUUACUAUAAACCCUUGUCUUUUACCCAGAUCCUAGCAUCCCUUCUCACAUGGUUUCUCCAUAUAUAUAACAGAAUCAAGAAACAAAUGUUAAUUAAACAAUCUGUAACAGAAUCAAGAAACAAAUAAACUUUAAUUAAACAAUCUAUAUGGAACAAACAUUCCCAAAUUCUAAGAAUAAAUUUUUCUUUAAGUUCUC